AUGACGGAGCCUGGAAAGCAUUUGGGGGUGGCAGGACUUGGUGGGCUUGGUCAUGUAGCUGUGAAGUUAGGGAAGGCCUUUGGCCUUAAAGUUACUGUCAUUAGUACAUCUCAUAAGAAGGAAUCAGAGGCCAUCAACAAGGUUGGUGCUGAUUAUUUUCUUGUUAGCUCAAAUCCCGAAAAAAUGAAGGACGCUCUGGGAACCAUGGAUUACAUCAUCGACACAAUUGCUACAGUUCAUCCCUUGGCCCCCGUUGCUUAG